ACGGCAUCUGAACGAGCCAUAUUUGUCGACAAAUGGCACAGUACCUACGGGUGGACCGUCGUUAAAGAGUCGAUAUGUGACGUCAUUGUAUUUUACAUUGUCGACGAUUACUUCCAUAGGCUUCGGCAACGUCUCUGCGACGACGGAUUCCGAAAAGAUUUUCACUAUUAUAAUGAUGAUUCUAGGAUUUAUCAUACGGAAAUGUCACGAUUGCGUGAGUUCAUCCGUUUCCAUCAGAUUCCGAAUCCGUUACGACAACGGCUUGAGGAAUACUUUCAGCACGCAUGGUCAUAUACCAAUGGUAUUGAUAUGAAUCUGGUGUUGAAAGGCUUUCCGGAUUGCCUACAAGCGGAUAUUUGUCUACAUCUGAAUCGGAAUCUGUUGAGUAGUUGUCCGGCGUUUGCUGGUUCAUCACCCGGAUGUUUACGAGCGUUGAGUAUGCGAUUCGGACUACACUUAAACCAACCCCAGCAUCAGCUCCACGCCCCACCUGGUGACACGCUGGUACAUCGUGGUGACAUACUCACAGGAUUGCAUUUCAUCGCCAGAGGCAGUGUAGAGAUCCUUAACGACGACAACACCGUCAUGGGUAUUCUCGGGAAGGACGACAUAUUCGGCGAGAAUCCGUUGUUGUACGAAGAUGUGGGAAAGUCAUCGUGUAACGUUCGAGCUUUGACUUACUGCGAUCUUCACAAGAUUCUCAGGGAUGAUCUGUUGGACGUGCUCGAUAUGUAUCCAGAGUUUGCGGAGAAUUUUUGUAAGAACCUCAUCAUCACCUACAAUCUUCGCGAUGAAUCACAAUCGACACGGAAACGAUUUGAUCGUCAUAAGCUCUUACGAAUGUCGUCAUCACUGAACAAAGAUCGAUACGGUACGCCCGUA